AUGGCCGCAUCCACCCUGUCCGUCUGCUCCAGCGACCGGACCUACGGCAGCCGCGUCUGCCUGCCUGGCUCCUGUGACUCCUGCCCCUACUCCUCCUGGCAGGUGGACGACUGCCCAGAGAGCUGCUGCGAGCCCCCCUGCUGUGCCCCCACCUGCUGUGCCCCCUCCUGCUGUGACAACAGCUGCUGUGCCCCUUCUUGCCUGACCCUCAUCUGCACCCCUGCAAGCUGUGGAUCCAGCCCCUGCCAACCAGCCUGCAACAGCUCCUGCCAGCCCUCCUGCUGCAGCUCCUCCCCCUGCCAGGAAGACUGCUGUGUGUCUGUCUGCUGCAAGCCCGUCUGCUGCACCCCUGUCUGCUGCAAGCCCGUCUGUUGCACCCCUGUCUGCUGCACCCCUGUCUGCUGCACCCCUGUCUGCUGUAAGCCCGUCUGCUGCACCCCUGUCUGCUGCAAGCCCGUCUGCUGCACCCCUGUCUGCUCUGGGCCCUCCCCCUGCUCAGCUCCCUCCUGCUGUCAGCCCAGCCCCUGCUCCUCGUCCUGCUGCGGACCGUCCUCCUGCGUGUCCCUGCUCUGCCGCCCCGUGUGCAAGCCCGCCUGCUGCGUGCCCGCCUCCUCCUGCUGUGCCCUUUCCUCCUCCUGCCAGCCCAGCUGCUGCCGCCGAGCCUCCUGUGUGUCCCUGCUCUGCCGCCCUGUGGGUUCCCGCCAGGCCUGCUGCGUGCCCGCCUCCGCCCAGAAGUCCUGCUGCUGA